AUGUAUGACCAACAGAAACAGCAACAGAUCCCUCCAUCUUGUGUGAAAGGUUCAGGAUUGGGAACAGUGCAAAGUACAAAAUCCACGUCUGUGAAGGGUGCGGCUCCCUGCCAGGCAAAAACGGUCUGUGUGACGGGUCCUGCACCAAGCCAAACUCAAACCUGCGUGAAAUGUCCAGCCCCAUGCCCGACUCAAACCUAUGUGAAAUGUCAAGUUCCCUGCCAGACUCAGACCUACGUGAAAUGCCCUGCUCCAUGCCAGACAACAUAUGUGAAAUGCCCAGCUCCGUGUCAAACUCAAACCUAUGUGAAAUGCCCAGCUCCGUGUCAAACUCAAACGUAUGUGAAAUGCCCAGCUCCGUGCCAGACAAAGUAUGUGAAGUGUCUAGCUCCAUGCCAGACGACCUAUGUUAAGUGUCCAGCCCCCUGCCAGACCCAGACAUAUUAUGUCCAGUAUCCUUCUCCCGGCCAGACGUACUAUGUACAGCGCCCUGCAAGUGGCACAGUGCAGAGCUCAGGAUCCCUAUGCUGUGUCCCUGAUCCAUGCUCUGCUCCCUGUUCCACGAGCUACAGCUGCCUGGCUCCCCGCACCUUCGGGGUGAGCCCCCUGAGACGCUGGGUCCAACGGCCCCAGUGUGGGGACACUGGAUCAUCAGGCUGCUGUGAAGAUUCUGGGUGCUGCAGCUCGGGGUGUUGCAGUUCUUGCUGCUGCGACUCUGGCUGCUGCGACUCUGGCUGCUGCUGUUUGGGAAUUAUCCCCAUGAGUUCCCGAGGUCCUGCAUGCUGUCACCAUGACGACGACUGCUGCUGUUAA